AUGAAGUUUUCUGUUGCCUCCAUUGUCGCCGUUCUGGCCACCACCGUCAGCGCCAUCCCGGCCUUCACGAACUCCGCAUUCGAUGUUACCCCUGGCUCAACCUUCACCCUGACUUGGCACAACGCUACAGGCCCUGUCACCAUUACUCUGGUUACCGGCAGUGCCACCGACCUGAAGAAGGUCCGGACCAUUGACUCCAACGACUCGGGUGAUAGCUUCACCUGGCCUGUCCCGACUGACCUUGUCUCGGGCACCUACGCCUUUGAGAUCUCCGACUCGACUGGCCCCAACUACAGCAAGCAGUUCCAGUUGACGGGCACCGGAUCUGCGUCAGCCAGCGCCUCGACUGCUUCGUCCACUACUGCUGCGACGUCUAGCUCGUCUGCUACCUCGUCCUCGUCUGAUGCCUCGUCUUCCAGCUCCACCUCUUCGUCGUCGUCGACGUCGUCUUCCUCGUCGUCCAAGACCACUCACCUGACCACGACUGCCGCCUCCAACUCGACCACGACUGCCACCAAGACCUCGACGACUGGCACCAAGGCUACCACCUCGCCCACCACCGUCCCUGCCAACACCAACAACAGCCCCCAGGCCAAGUCGCCUCUGGCGUUCGUCCUGGUCACCAUUGCUGCUCUGUUGUACUUCAACUAA